UAAUGUGAUAUGGCAGACUGAAAGCAGUCCUACAACCUCGUAGAACUCGGAUGUCGGAGCUUCCGAGCAGUACGUGAAGGCAGCAGCAGAGGGACGGUGUGACUGCGCGUGAAGAGGGGGGGGGCUCAGCCCACAUGUGCGCAGUUUGUUUAUAACGUGCGGAGCCUUCAGGUGACCCGACACUACCGGACUGCAUCACGUCCAGGAUCCGCGCUGCUUUUCAGCUGAAGUGGAAUAACGGAGUCCAGAGAUCCGCAUCCCGACACCAAAGUCCCGCUCGUCAGCUGCAGCCAAGUGUGUGAUGUGACCAGUUGGUUGGAACUUCUUCCAUCUAUCUCUCCACGUCAGUGAAGAUCAAUCAGCGAUGACAGCGAUUUUUGCUGCAGUCCUGCAGGCAGCCGGAGGAGUCAGAGGGGCGAGGUCUCUCCAGAUACUGAUGGUGUGUCUCCUCCCACUGCUGUGGCUGCAGCCUGCAGACUCCAGCGCUGAUCCAGAUGCCAAAGCCUGGAGCCAAACCGGGCCACGGCUGCAGCUCUCCCAGUCAGACCUGAGGAACGGUUCGGCUGUCUUCUGGGAGGGCGGAGUCAGCGGUGGGUACCAGGCCUUGUUAUUGGACGAGGAUCAAGGAUGGCUAUUGGUCGGAGGUAAAGACCACAUCUACCUGCUGAGGCCUGACAGCUUGGAUCUGCCCACGCGCACGAUCUACUGGCCUGCUGCCAGAGAACAUGUGGAGCACUGCAGGCUGGCAGGGAAAAGUCUGGAGACAGACUGUGCCAACUUCGUGCGGCUGCUGCAGCCUUUCAAUAAAACCCAUGUUUAUGCUUGCGGUACUGGCGCCUUCGACCCACAGUGUACAUACCUGCACUUAGGACACAACACAGAGGAGCCAUCGUUCAUGUUGUCUCAUACAGUGGAGUCGGGCAGAGGGAAAUGUCCCUUCAGUCCGAGGGAGCCCUUCACUGCUAGACUGACUGAUGGUGAACUUUAUGCAGGUACCUCAGUAGAUUUCAUGGGGGCCAAUGCUGCGUUCUUCCGUACGUCUAUCCAGGGCGGCAGUCAAUAUUACAUCCGGACUGAAGCCUACGAUCACAACUGGCUCAAUGAGCCGGAGUUCGUGGGCUCCUUCUCCAUCCCCGACACUCACAGUCCAGACGACGACAAGGUCUACUUCUUCUUCAAGGAGAGGGCGGUGGAGGCCGGACAGUGGGACAAGAGGGUGUACAGCCGCGUGGCUCGAGUCUGCAAGAAUGACGUAGGAGGGAGGAGGAGUCUGAUCAACCGGUGGACCACCUUCCUCAAAGCCAGGCUGGUCUGUUCUGUCCCCGGUCCGUCUGGAGUCGACACACAGUUUGAUGAGCUAGAGGACAUCUUUGUUCUGGAGACCAAGGACCCUCAAAACCCGACCAUCUAUGGGGUCUUCAGUACAUCCAGCUCUAUAUUUCGCGGUUCAGCAGUGUGUGUGUACUCCAUGGCGUCUAUCCGUGCUGCCUUCAACGGGCCGUUCGCCCAUAAAGAAGGUCCUGACUAUCGCUGGGUGGAGUACAAGGACCGCAUCCCCUAUCCGAGACCUGGCACUUGUCCCAGCGAGACCUAUGACGCUCUCCACAAGUCCACCAAGGACUUCCCAGAUGAGGUGGUGAGCUUCAUGCGGCAGCACCAGCUGAUGUGGGAGCCCGUCCUACCUCUGGGCGGCAGACCCAUCCUGACCCAGGUCAACGCGCCCUACAUGUUAAAGAGGGUCGUAGUGGACAGGGUGGACGCAGAGGAAGGACCUUACGAUGUCUUACACCUGGGCACAGAUGAUGGAAAGGUGGUGAAGGCUGUGUCCGUCAUCAAAGACAACUGGGACACAGAGGAGAUCAUUCUAGAGGAGCUGACUGUCUUCCGGAGUCCCACUCCCAUCCUGAGCAUGGAGCUGUCAACCAAGAGACAACAGCUGUAUGUGUCCAGCGAGCUCGGUGUGGCCCAGCUGGGGCUCCAAAGGUGCGAGUUAUACGGGGCCGACUGCGCUGAGUGCUGCCUGGCCAGAGACCCCUACUGCUCCUGGGACGGACAGACCUGCUCCAGAUUCUUCCCCACCAGCAAGAGGCGGGCGCGGAGACAGGAUAUAAAGUACGGAGACCCCUGGAGUCAGUGCCCAAUCACAGAGGACGGUUCGGACUCUGUGGAGGUGAAGCUGGUUUACGGUGUGGAGGGAAAUUCAACGUUCCUGGAGUGUGUUCCUCGCUCGCCGCGGGCUGAGCUCAGGUGGACGGUGCAGCACACAGAGAGCCGGCAGCAAGCUCUCAGUCAGACGCAAGAAAGCAGAGAGCUCCCUCAGAGCGAUGACAGCCGCUCCCUCCACAUGAAGCGGGGGCUGCUGGUUCAACACCUAGAGCUGGCUGACACGGGCCUCUACACCUGCGCCAGCCACGAGCACUCCUACAGCCAGGUCCUGGCCCGAUACCGUGUUCACGUCAUCCCCAACGACAGCCUCCACCCAACCCGCUACCAGCAGAGCCACAGCCCGAACCACCCGGGCCCCAGGGUCCUCGGGAAGACUGGCUCAGCUGGGGUAGGGGUUGCUGGCUUUCUCCAGUCGGGGGCCUCUCAUCCGCCACCUCCGCUGCCGGGACACAGGAACCCGUGGCUGCCCCAGCAUCCUCAGCAGCUUCCUCUGAGGAGCUACAAAGACCUGCACAUGGUGGGGACCAACAGCCUGAGCGUGGACGAGUACUGUGAGCAGCUGUGGUACCGCGAGAAACGCCGGCAGCAGAAACUCCGCACUCUGAAGCUGAAACAGGAGAGCAGGAAAGCCCGGGUGAGGAGGAACAACCCUCCUGAGAUCCCCCUCUAGUCACCUGGAGGACACAGAGACUGCCAUGGACGACAGAUCCUGUACAUGCAGAGGACAAGGAAAGGUUUAAUCAAGAAUGUUGCUUUUUGAGCAAAUAAUGCCCGCUGACACCAACUAUAUUUGCCAUUAAAGACUGACAGUAAUAAAAAAAAAAAAAAGAGAUACAUAUAUGCUCAUCCUGAAUAUUGUGACAUUUAGAAACGACAAAAACACAGAAAUGGACGUGUAGAAAACCUUUUAUGUCUCUGAAUUUAUAUUAUUAGCAAUAUUCAUUUUUGUUUGGACUCCAAGCUUCAGCUAAAACAGAAAAUGUUAUUUUGUAACAUGAAAUUCAGACUAGCAUGGUGGCAUCAGGUGUCUGGAUGAUAAGUCAGCUCAUGACACACACACACGAGUGUUAUGGGUGUGUAACACAUUUAAGAAUUACGACAAAAUCCUGUUAUUAUCUGGCCAUCUGAACAGAAACCAGGAGACACGGUUAAGCACACAAGCUACCGUUUGUCGUGGCUCCCAGUUGUACCUUAACAUUAACAUUAGUUGCUUUUGCUAAAAUAUCCUAAUUAGCAGUAGCUAAUUACCCAGCUAAGCUAAUUAGCUUAGCAAUGCAAGAAAAAACUGUUCAAGCUAACUGAGUUUAAAGUUACUACUUGUAGUGUUAGAGAGACUAGUGGGUUAAAGUAUUAAACCUUGUCAGACUAUUUACUUUUACUUAAAUGUUAUGAAUUUACAAAUAUCCAUGACUGAACAAUCCUUUUUCUAGUAUGUCCCUUUUUCUAUCCAAAAUAUCUAAAACAGCCAGUUCAUCAGUGCACCUGCAAAAUGGCACCAGAUAGCUGACAUGAAAUUUAUUGCAAAACUGCUAAUUCUUCAUAAUGGACUGGCAUGCAGGUGAAAAUGUAUCAGGAUCUCACACGCAAUGCAGACAGAAAUAUGUAUAUUACAUAUACAGUAUAAAUGAAUGACAGAAGACUAAACAAGAAAAGUGUUUGCCCAACGUACUGCUACACAUUAUACUGUGUUUAACAAAAACAUGUAAUGUUUUCAACAUCUAUUUAUGUUUGUUCUGCUUCACAACAUAACUAAUGGAUUGAAUAUAUACAGGCCUCAGUGGAAACGCACACAUGAAAUGGACCUUGCUUGAAAAUACAUUAUGUAUAGCUCAUUCUGCCAUGUAACUAAUAAUUAUUAUUCACGUCAAUGUAUAUUAAAGAACUCUAUUUUUGAUAGUUUUCUUUCUUUAUAUACUAGAAUUUAGUGCAUUUCCUCAGUGUUUAUAUACACUUGUGUGUUGCUCAUAAGCAAAACGAAAACUUUUUUCAAACUUCACACCUCUACUUGGAGAUCAGGAGUAAUGAAACUGUGUUAUACUGUAUGUGAAUAAGCCACAAAAUGAUGUAAAAUAAAAACAUAAAAACA